AUGUCCGUAGCUAGUACGUCCUCUCAAAUGAGCGAAGAAACGACCAACCCCACAAAAUAUAGCAUAAUCAGUCAAAUUGGCAAAGGAGGCUACAGCACCGUUCAUCUGGUUUUGUUAGCCAAUGAUGCCCAGGAUAUGGUGGUGCUAAAGAAGACGGAACUGACCGCCAAAGCCAAAGCAGAUGAUCUGGAGAACGAAUACAAACUUCACAAAAGUUUGAUGGUCAAUGGAGGACAUGAGAAUAUUAUCAAGAUAUUUGAAAUGAAUCGAGGACCCAAAGUUUAUGAGUUCUUUUUGGAAUACGCCAGAGAAGGACCGAUUUCCAGUAUUUUUGAUAACAAAGGACUGCCGACAACAAUUGCUAGGUUUUAUUUUCGGCAGCUGAUAAACGGACUAAAGUAUAUCCACGACCAUGGCAUUACUCAUCGGGACAUUAAGCCAACAAAUUUACUGCUGGAUAAAGAUGAUAAUCUCAAAAUUUGCGACUUCGGUCUAGCCACCUCUUAUCGUGAUGCUGAUGGGAAGAACAUUCCAGUUGUAGGACACACAGGUACACCUCCGUAUGCAGCGCCAGAGGUUUUCUCAAAAGAUUUGGUGAACGGACCAGCGACGGAUGUCUGGUCGGCUGGCAUCGUGUUGGUGGAGCUGCUCACCGGAUCUCGCCCAUGGGCCAGAGCAAGUCUAAAGAAAUGCGUUCAGUAUUCUGACUGGGUUAACAAUAUCACAUGUCUUGAUGAGAGACCCUGGAGUUUGAUGGAUUUUAAUUCGUACAACUUCAUUCGUUUGAUUCUUGCUCCAAUGGCCACCAAAAGAGCAUCCAUCAAAUCAAUUAUGGCUCACAAAUGUCAUGACGUCGGAGUUAGACGAGGUGACUUGUUGGACAAUAUGUGGUAUGUCUCAAGACCCCUUGGUUUGGGAGCAUACGGUCAGACUUAUACUGCUAGGUGCAAGUAUUCGCUCUUCCGAGAAGAUGUAAUUAAAAUCCAAAAGCCUAGUAAGGAUUACAACCGAGAAAUUUUGACCGGUGGCAAGAUGUCUGGCAUCCCUGGAUUCCCUCGCUUUUUCGGUUCUUUCCAUUUUAAAGAGUACAUGUGCAUAGCAAUGUCGCAUGAGGGUGAGCCACUCGCGACUGUACUCCGUCGUUGUGCCAAAGAAAAAAUGCAUAGUUGGAACGUUGCUACAAUUGGUUACCGCCUUUUCAAACUGAUUCAUGUUCUGCAUGAGAACGAAAUUGUGCACAGAGAUUUGCAUUCCAGCAAUGUGCUUGUCAAACAAACCGAAGAUGGAAAACUUCAUUUGAGCAUCAUUGAUUUCGGAAAGGCCAGUAUUCUCUCGGGAAACCCGUUCGAUCCUGUUGACGAUUACAUCUCUGCAGUUCUUAUUCUUUUCCGAUUGAGAAAUGAGGACCCACUUGGAAUUCUCUUCGAGAGAUACUUGGAAACUAAGAAAACUUUUCGCAAGAAUCCAGUCGAAUACAUUUCCGCACCAGAGAACAAGUGGUUGGGUCAUCUUUAUCAGACUUUGGAGAACCAGAGAAACGCGAAAAAUGGAAUUAAACUCACCGAGCUGCUUGAUGCCUUCCGUGCUGUCCAUCCAGGUUUGAACGACGAGACCCCGAUUUAUUACUCGAAGAAAAAUUGGAAACUUGUAAUUCAUUGA